ACCCCCCCCAAUCUCGCAGCCCCAUAGCCCCAACCCAAUAGACCCAACCACCCCUUUCGUUCUACACAGGCCGUGUGACCCACCACAGUUAGCUAACACAGUCGUCCACUUCAGCAACAGACGACAGGCAUCGUACAAGUAGACGACGAAUACGGCUACAAACGCCUUAGCGCGAACGGGACGAUUCCCGCUACACGAGUCAGUGAUGGCGCCAGACCACCCACCGCCAUCCCCACUAGGCGCGACUCACUUGACCUCUCUCUCGUCUGAACGUCAAAGAUAGUCUAUUCUCUAGUGGUAGCUGGCGGGUCGAUUGGUUGCGUACCACUCGAACAAUCCCACGCGGAAAUCCGAUUCUUAUCUUGUCUCGCCUGCGACGCCCGGCUCGAAAUUGAAUCGCUACCUACUCGACUAUCCACGGCGUUCCUCCUCGAUAGCAUCCAGCCCGGUAGCACCUAGCAGGCUAGCAGCAGUCUCUAUAACCCCGACAUCAUGAGCUCGUAGAACUACGAGAGAUAUCAAUCGUAAUCAACACGGAUUUGGCUUUUGCACGGCCACCCGUCUCCAGCUCGAGACCCAUCUGCUCUUACCGCGCUCGCUUGCUAGUAAUAGCUACGGAUCGGACGACCGGCGUCGAAUCCACUAUUGGACGGGCCGCGUCGUCCAAUAGAUCGGACGACACGGUCGCGAAUAGAGCGCUAGUAGAAUUAGUGCUAGUACUAAUCCGCGAAUCGAGCGACGGCGAUUCCCGGCUGACGUCCACUCGAGCCGCAGCGACUCGGAUUCCCAACUGCCUCAGAGUAAGAGCGGCCAGCAUGGCUUCCCGGGAGCGCGGCAUUCCCGCGGCACGACGCGGCGUCGUCCCUCGGUGGGCGAUCGAGCUGUUUGCGGUGCUGCUCGUGUGCGCGGCGAUUACUGGAAGCGCGCAGGCCUUCUCACAAAGCUCCAGGGACUUCGAGCGCUACGCCAUGCGCUCAUCCCAGAUAGGACGUACCAGCGCCGCCGCCAGCCCAAGAGUGAAGUGGCGUCGCCUGCAGGUCUUCCAGUGCCCCAACAACCAGACCGUCUGCGGAUCACUGUGCGUGGACCAGGCGACGGACAUCAACAACUGCGGGGCGUGCGGCAGCUUCUGCGACGUGUCGCUAGCUUGCUGCGGCGGCAGCUGCGCGAAUCUCGACUCCAGCAACGACCACUGCGGCGCAUGCGGGGCGCGCUGCCCUGGCCAAUGCACCCUCGGCAUCUGCAACUACGGCGCUGCUGCUGGCGGCGGUGGUGGCGGUGGUGCCCGUUAGCCAGCCUUCCUGCUUCGGAGCCGCCUCAAAAGUAGUGUGCUCUCAGCAUCUGCAACUGCGGCGCUGCUGCUGCUGCUGGCGGUGGUGGCGGCGGAGCUAGCGGCAGUGGCGGUGGGGGGCGUUAGCUGACUUCAGUACCGUUGGGGCGCACUGCCCCGGCCAGUGCACCCUCGGAGUCUGCGAGUACGGCGGUGCUGCUGGCGGUGGUAGGGUUCUCUUUAUGGUGGCUCACUUGAAGGAAGACGUCCUUCCUUGGGCAGGGUGCCCUUUUGUAUCUGCGACUAUGGGGCUGCAACCAACGGUACUGCUGGCGGUGGCGGUUAAAGGAAUAGAAGGUCCUGUGUGAUGUCAACGGCGCAAGGAUGCCCCGGUCAGUGCUCCUUUGGCAUCUCUAACUACGGCGCUGCUGCUGUGGCAGCAGCUGUGCUUCUUUAUUGAUACACUGCUUUCAAGGAAACGGUCGGUUGCGGGUGAGGAACGACGCGUUCCUGCCUUUCAUUCCCCACUCUGCUUGGCAGAGUUCAAAAUAAACGUAUCAGGGGGGC